UAUAGGCUGGCGCAGGGUGCAUGCUGGGGUCUGUCACUGUGAUGGGUCCAGCGUUUAUGAUCGCAUCACUCAACUGGCUCCACAAGCGCACUGGUGCUGAUGCUGGGGAGCCCGCGUGCGCGUCACCAGGAGGCGGCACGAGGAGGAGGCACGAGGCUUAGCGAGGCUGCGCGUCUCUCCGCCGCACAGCUCACGCUCCACGUUCGCGGGCGCGCGGGAGCGCUUCCCCUCUCGGAUUUACCGACAGUCGAGAAUUUUCCUGCGAACAUCCCGAGAUCCCGAUUCGUUUAAUUUGCCAGCCUCCUGCAGCGGCUGCGACUCGAUGUGUGUGAUUUAGGGAGGUGCCGCGCCGUCCGGGGCAUCCGCAGCGUGGCCGCGGAAGGAGCAGAGCGCCAUCGCCGAACAACUCGAUCGACGCGGCCGUGGAUGGGCUGCGCGCUCGUGACAACCUGCGGACACUUCUAGAGCCGUUCUGCGGAAGAAGAUGGCGGACAGAGCCGAGAUGUUUUCUCUCUCCACCUUCCACUCCCUCUCUCCUCCAGGCUGCAGGCCAGCCCAUGACAUCAGCCUGGAAGAGUUUGACGAUGAGGACCUGUCAGAGAUCACGGAUGACUGCGGAAUUGGCCUCAAUUAUGACUCGGACCCUUAUGAGAAGGACUGUCUCAUCCUGGAGAAGAAUGAGACACACCAUCCAGUUUGCUCCUUCCAGGAUGACUUCCAGGAGUUUGAGAUGAUAGAUGAUGAAGAUGAGGAUGACAAUGACAAUGAUAAUGAGGAGGAGGAGGAGGAGGCGGACCUCGGGGUGUCUCCCUCCCGGUCAGCCUCCCCACCCCCUUCCCCAACAAUGGGUAUGCUGCAGAAGAGCCGACCCACUACCCUGAACCUUGCCUCCACCGUCUCCCAGGACUCACUGAAUAACAACAGCUUCUCUCCCCGGAAAGGAAGUUGGCAGGAAUCGCUUCGCAAUCCUGGCUCACAUGGCGAGUACAUUGAAUUUUGGUGCAUAAAGUCUGAUCUGGUGUGGGGGUGGGGGUGCCAUUCCUGUUGUCUGUUCAUUUUAGGACGAUCAUCUCCGGCUCAUUCUCGUCUUGAGGACGGAGCCCACUUAAAAAGCCAGUCUGCUGCUGCUCCAGAUACAGGGUCCCAGUGCAAAGGGGCUGCUGAUCAACAUAAAAUGUCCAGUGGCUCCGAAUGUGAAAUGGAACCCAGUAAAGAUGCUGAAGCCACAGAACAAAGCAUUCCAACUGGGGAUGAAAUGUCUCAGCACUGUGAUGGUGGUGCUGAUCCCGACCUGAAAAGUGACUGUGUCGAAGGGUGGUUGCCUCAGUCCGGGCAAGCCAAUGACACAUACACUGUCAACACUGCAUCAGCCAUUGACCCCGAGCUAGACAAUGACCUUACUUUAGAUGGCGCUAGCAGGUGCCUUUCUUCUACUGCACCAGCUGAAAACGAUGCCGUAACACCCUUGACAGACGACGACUUUGACCGUGACUUUGAUAUAGACUUUUUGUGCAAAGAAGGCAGUGACCUGGUCUACAAAGCCGGAGAGAGCUCAUCUUAUGUGGAGUUCCCCCCUAUUGAGCCGGAUGAACCAGCCUCUGUGUCCAUCCACCUAUCCUCUUCUAGUCGAUCCAAUGAAGAGUUUGGAAGGGCUUAUGGAGAGCAUCAUGCAGGUAAUGGAGGCUCUGCAUCUGCAGGAUCCAAUGACACAAACUCCCCAUCCUCUGACCCCGGCAUUGCAGACAUGAACAGAAAAGGCAGCAAGCUGUAUUCUGCAUCGGAUCUGCAGAGCGAUGACCUUAGUUCCCCAGGGUCUGACUCAGACAUUGAAGGAGAACUGGAAGCGGCCUUCGCUUGUGGAGGGCCGGUGGUUGGCCACAUGAUUUCAUCCAUUUCAGAAACGGAGCUGGACCUGACAAGUGACAGCAGCAGUGGUCGUUCAUCUCACCUCACUAACUCCAUUGAGGAGGCAAGUUCACCUACCUCCGAUCAAGAGUUGGAGACAGAGUUGGAGCAGGACAGUGGGAUCGUGGGUAUCAAGGCUUCUCUCCUCCUGGGGCAACCAGAACCCAUCAAGGAGUCUUCACCCACCGAUGAGUCAGAAUUGCCAGAGCAGCUGGAUGAUGGCCAGGCACUGAUGGGAAUGGAAAAUGUCGAUGACGCAGUCUAUGAGCACACAGCUGACCCAGAUGAGACCCUCCCCCCAGCAGACUGCUGCGAGGACCCCCUUUCCCGGCAGCUGGUAUUGAAGAUCGAGCCUGAUCAUAGCUUAGAGAGUUUCAAGAGGUCCUUUUACCUUCCCAUAGGACCGAAAUUGAUGCCUGCUGUAGAUGACAGCGACUGUGAUUCUGAGUCUGAAUCAGAGGAUGAUCUGAGUGAGAAUUCUGACUCUCCCUGGCUCCUUAGUAACCUUGUCAACAAAAUGAUUUCUGAGGGCUCCUACCCCAUCAGUUGUCCAGAGGAAUGCUUUAAACGGUCCGUUUCCAUCUCUGAUACAAUUUCUCCCUCAUCAGACCUCGAGACAGAUGCCUUCAAUGAGCCUUCAGAAAAGCUCGAGUCAAAGAGCAAACUGCGAGAAUCAAGCUCUAAUGAAACUGAUGGACAUGGAAAUUUGACCUUUGAGUCAGAUCAUGAGGCUCCGGAUGAAAAGGUGAGAUCUGAGAGCAGAGUGGGCUUAAUGGAAAGUCAUGAAAGGUCAGGAUUAUGUCUGUACUUGAGUAAUCCCACUAAUGACACAAUCGCCCCAGUCUUCAUGGAGCAAUACAAUAUCCGGACUGUAGGCCAAGAAUGUCAAGUACUGCACUCAGACCAGGCUCAUCCCAAAUAUUCAGAAAGCUCUUUUCUUCCCAGACCAGUUCAAAAUGCUACGCAGGGGGAAAAUGAGCAUGAUAAUGACUUAUCAGUGAAAACAAAUGGGCUUGAAUCUGCAAGCAUAGUUGAGAGUAUAGAGAACGAAAAGGACAGGGACAGUUCAAACAGCCUAGAUCACAUUACCGGAAUAAAGAACAGUCUGACUCUGGACAUUCCCACUUCCCAGACUAACCGCUGUUUCAGUCUGUCCUAUUCAACUGAUAAUGAUGAUGGCUCCUUCCACGAGUCUGUCCGGGGUUCCCCCUAUGCUGAAGACUACCUGGACAGCUCUCCACCUAUUGAUGAGAGCAUUCGGGAGGGUCGACCCAUCAACGCAAUGGCAGGCAGACAUCUCGAUGAGUCACUGGUCUACGACUCGGUUAAGUACACCCUAGUGGUGGAUGAAAAUGCCACGCUGGAACUGGUGAGCCUGCGACGGUGCACAUCCAUGCUUAGUGAUGACAGUGAGAUCUCUACACUCUGUGAUGACUGUGCUCCCGAGAUGGAAGACAAGUUCGGGGAGAGCGCAGAGCAGCCGGACCUCCUCAGCUCCUCCGAGGACUCCUCUCCAGAGGCUGACCUGCCUUUCUCCAAGAAGUUCCUCAACGUAUUUGUAAACAGCACUUCACGGUCAUCUAGCACAGAGUCCUUUGGCUUGUUCUCCUGUACCAUCAACGGGGAGGAGAGGGAACAGACGCACAGAGCUGUGUUCAGGUUCAUCCCUAGACAUGCAGAUGAGCUGGAGCUGGAUGUGGACGAUCCACUGUUCGUAGAGGAAGAAGAGGAUGACUACUGGUACAGGGGUUACAACAUGCGGACAGGAGAGAGGGGUAUCUUUCCUGCCUAUUAUGCUCAAGAAGUGAUUGGGCAAGCCAGAGACCUCGCGGGGAUGAAGAGGAACAUAGCUUGGAUGGAGAGCUUCAGUGUCCAGUUUCUUGGAUCAGUGGAGGUUCCCUAUCAUCAGGGCAAUGGGAUCUUGUGUGCUGCCAUGCAGAAGAUUGCAAUCACACGGAAGCAGACAAUCCAUGUACGGCCCCCAGUACCGUGUGACCUGGAGAUCAGCCUGCAGGGCGUAAAACUGGUCAUGAGCCUCGAUGAUGAUUUUGGACCCCUUGAUGAGUUCGACAGGUGCAGCCAUUUCUUCCAGAUGAAGAACAUCUCUUUCUGUGGCUGUCACCCCAAGAAUAACUGCUACUUUGGGUUCAUCACCAAGCAUCCAAUGUUGAACCGGUUUGCCUGCCAUGUGUUCGUAUCCCAGGAGUCCAUGCGGCCUGUGGCGGAGUGUGUGGGUCGUGCAUUCCAGGAAUAUUACCAAGAGCACCUGGAAUAUGCCUGCCCCACAGAAGACAUUUAUCUGGAGUAGCCUGGAAAUCUAUUGAAGCCCCGUGAUCCUGUUCUUUUCCUGUAUGUUUUUAAAUAUUCCACAAGAGGGCGCUGCGUAGUAAUUCCCGAUUGUACAGAACCCAUUUUAUUUUUGGUUCUGUAGUUUGAGGUUUCUAAGUUUAAGAGCUCAUAAAAUUUAAUAUUAUUAUUUUUUUUUCUACAAAAUUAGGCCGGGAUAGUUGGAUAAUCUUAUUCCUUUAAUGUUAUUUUUUUCUUCUGGGUUGUCAUUUUGAAAAUGACAGAUUUUGAUUCCGUAAUGUGACAUCCAUGCAUGGCUUUGUGGGUAAUGCAAACAAACACAGAGACAAAAAAACAUCAAUCUGUUGAACUGUAUGGAUCAUAGGUUUGAAAUAAGCUUUGUAUAUCUAGCAGAUAAAAUACUCAAACAUUGUGAAAGUUUGUAAAUAAGAAUUUGUUCAAAUAUAUAAAGCAAAAGGUGAUACGAUUUCUACUGAAACUGACAUUUUGGCAAAGUGGGUGACAAAUGCGGUAAACCACAUCAGAUGGGUAAACGUAAUAGAAAAUCAAAGUGGGACGUUGGAUUAAUGGAAUUUCAUAGUGGAAUAUUGUAUAUACAUUUAUAGGCAGGAGCUGGAAUUUGAAACGGGUCCAAAAACAUCAGUGAUCUUCGUUACUAGAUGUUGGAGGUGCAGCUAAUGUUUUGGUGGAGUCUCCAGAUCCUCAGGGGCCUGAAGGUGUCCCAGCAGAUUGGAUUAAAUGAAGAGCGGGAAGUGAGGCAGAAAUAGACACCUCCCACGAACCUUCUCAGAGGCAGGAUUAAGUUACUCUCGAACCUGCUGCUCAUUCCUCAGCUUUAAGCAGUGCUGACCCUUAGUUGGUCUAUUGCUUGUCCUGGCUGGACUGACUGUGAACACUGCAGCGAGGAUGGGUCCAGCCCCAGGGUAGUGAAACAGCGUAGCGUGGUGGUGGGCACUGGGAUGGUCUUCCGGAAAUGAUAUAUCUCCUUCUGUAUUUCCUGGCCAGAUGUCAAUGUGGAAUUUACAGGCUGUUUAUCACUGGCUGCCGACAGGUUCCAUUUGAGUGGUAAUAAGUCAUUGUUUCGUUCCCAGUGAUAAGUUGCUACAGCUUCCUCCUUCUAUUCUGAGAGUAAAAAAAAAAAAGUUAAAAUAAUGAACUCUCUCACCUGCUUAUUAGUGAAGGCAACAAUAUACAUAAUGAAAUAUUUUGUAUAUUAUUAUGAUUACUACAAUGCCCAGAACUUACGCUCACUGGAUUGUUUUUAAAGCAUGGAUAAAGAAAGGCCUGGUGUCCCACCAUACAGGAUGUUAAAAAGCUCCGAUGGAUUACAGUUGAAUAACCCCAUGGUAAGCAUCGCCAUGACGUUUUUGUCCUCUGUGCCCUGUUUUUGCACGACUGUCAACUGCAGUGCUACUGAGAUCGUUGGAUUUCCAGGGGGAUUCUGGGAUAUCACUCUGUCCUUUUACACUUUCCGUGCACAACAGGACAGGUAACAGUAAGAAAUGACUUAUGCGGCUUUAAUGUACAUACUGAUUUUGCAUGUUGUAAAGUACAGGUAGAAAUGAAGACUUCUUUUCCCCUCCGGUUGCACCCCCACUCAUUUACUCAUUCACACUUUCAAACAUAAGCCCCUAGCAAAGAACAUCGUGCUUUAAGCCUACGAUUUAUGAUUUAUGAUUCUGAACUGAUCAAUACCACAUUUAACUGGGACGAGAUUUUUAAUUCUGCUCAUUAGAAGAAUUUGCUUCUGAUGAUGCUGUCCCAUGAGCUGUUGCAAGGCUGAAUAAAGACACAGAGAAGCUGUUAGUACAAUAUUGUCUGCUGGCUAUCUGCUUCAGAUAGAGCCUCCAUGACCAGCUGGUUGCUAGAGACUUUUUUUUUUUUUUUUUUUUGGCCGAAUCUCAUUUUGAUGAGUGUCAAACGUGAUUUUUGCAUAUAACAGAUAACCUCAAACCAUGAUAGCAUUUGCUAGAUAUAUUUGUACUCUUAAUGGAAAAUAGAUCUGUUUUUUUUUUUUUUUUUUUUUUAAUGUCAGUGCUCACAAUGAGUGUAAAAGAAUGAUUCUGUAUUAUAUCUGUUCCAAAGUAGAAGAAAAAAAUAUUGAAAUAAAACAAUCAGUAUUUUUAUAUUGGCACUCACUAUUGGAGUAUUAAGAAAUACAAUGGAGAUGCGGUUUCAGUUGGUUUCAUUUUUUUUCCUCCCCUCCCCAGGCAACAGGAAUUCACAUAGAAAUUAGAUUAUGUACAGUUAUUCCAUGUGUUCUGUAGCUCCCGUUACUCUACUCUUACACAGAAGUCUAUAAUGAGAAAGCCAGAACUUUGCCUGGUUUUGCAUACAGGGUAGAAAAUAAACCAGUUUGAGGCAAGCUGGACUCCCUUCUCAACAGUCCAGUGUCCAUCACAUGUGCUUUGUGUCCUGGGCAGCAAUCUGCUGAUGCUCAAACUCUUUGGUAACCAUGCAAAACAGGGAACUGUGGAUAAAAUCGCACCUUGUGCAUUUUCAAAAUGUUUCAAGCUAAUUACUCUUUCUCAGCUACGUACAUUAGUCGAUUCAGUUUAGAGUCAUGCCUAGUAAGCCUUGAUUAGUAAAAAAAAAAAAGGCAAACCAGCAUAUUUAUUCACAUAGAGCAUGGAUUUAUAGGACACUCGAAACAAAACACCACUGGAGAAUUAAAUGUUAAUCCUGAAGUAGGGCAUUACAUUGUUUUAUUAACAUAGUGAAAUGCCUUCGAUUUGAGCUAGGUGCCUUUUGUUUACAAACUUUGUCCAUUUGGUUUUUUUCCUCCUUGUACAUGUCCAAAGUAGGCAAUAUUUCGAGUAAAUACGGAAAUGUUAUAUGCUAUAUUUAAAUGUUACAUGUUACCUGAAAUAAUCUGUUUUGUCUCAUGUGUUAAUUUACAUUGCGGUAACUAAAAAAAUGGGAUAGUGGAGCCAAAUCAGAGUGCUUGUAGUACAUCAACAACAUUGAAACAGGAAUUCUUCUGGUCAAGGUACACUUUGAGUAUUUUUGUACUUACUGUAUAACAUAUGUAACUGCCGUGUCAUCCAUUAAUCGACCAAUGUGGAGACUAAGACAACCAUAUUUUCUCCUAGAUAUGUACGGAUUUAAAAAUGAAAGAUUAUGGGAAGCCAUUUAAUGAAGUGCACAAGUAAAUUUUUCAUGUUCAGUUGAUGGAGUGGAGCUUCACUUCCAGUACUUUGGCAGUCUUGAACUGAGAGCACAUUCUGUUUCAUGUCAAAUGCUUUGUUUGGGGUGGGUCGUUCUGGUAAAUGGUGAAUGACAAGUUAUUCAUUCCAGUUUAUCAGGUUACUGCUGUUGGUCAGUUCAAUUACUGUUUCUUUUUACCACUGCUGCAGUGGAUUAUGGGAGAUAACGACCUUGUUAAAUUUAACAAAAGCACCGGCGCUUACUGCAGCAAAAAAGAUAUUAAUCACAGAAACAGGUGUCUUAAAAAGCUCCUGCCCAGAAUACCGAAUGCGACAGAACACCACGGACCACCGUUUCAUUCAUCUGCAUUAAAUUUUCACGCACGUCCUAGGAAAAGCUGCGAAAUGUAAUCUCCACUCGGAGUUUUUGAAGGGAGAAGACCAAAAAUAAUGUUCUGCUGUGUGACGGAGAAACUGAAUACGAUCCCUUGCUAAUGAUUAUUCCUAUGGUUGAAGUAAAUAUGUAAAAUAAAAAUAAAUGGCCUAUUUCACAACUUUACAAUUACUGUGGUUAAAUUCUAAAGAAUUUUUUGCACUGUUGUUCUUUUUAAUGCUGAAGCUCAUUUAUUUACCAUGUUGUUUGUCUUAGUCCUUAUAUUUCCCUUGGAAAAAUGCACACUUGACCAAUAUUUCCCUUGUUGCCAGUAAUUAGUAGAACCAUGUCUGCUAUAAGCCACAUUUUGCUGAUUUUACAUCAAUGUAAACCUUUAGCAUUUGUUAGUACAUGACUGUCAAUUCAGACAUAGAGGACAUUGUAGGGCUGCGUGGAAGGAACUUAAGAGGGCAUGGUACUGCCAGUGGCAUCCAUCUAAUGUAUUCCACACACAAAUGUAAGCCUCUGCUUCAUAUAUCAAUAUGUAAACCAUGUUAUUUUAAUGCAAAAAGUUUUCUAGUUAUGAGCUGACCAUUGUUGACCCUUCCAUUCUGAGUCACACCAAUACCAUCGGAUUCACUUCAGUGCUCCAUCAGAGCUUAACUCUGGACUUCAACUGAAAUUCUCCACUGUAUAACUAAAAUACAUCAGUAUG